CGUCAUUCACGGCCGUACAACGGGUUUUAGCGAGGAGCGCAAAGUGCGAUGUUGUAUGGCGUAAGACGAUGAAAAUUCAGCGAAAAAAACACUGAUAGUACACUUAUUCUGGGCCCAACAGCAUCAAUCAACAGUCAAUCGUUACGGUAUUGUUUGAUUCACGCCAGCAAGGAGCACCAAAAUGCAACAGCUGUACGCAACCGGUAGAAUAGUGCCAUUUCUAUUAGCCCGCACUGCCAAACAGUCAGCAGUACCAUGUUCGCUGCGUGCCUAUUCGGCCCGACGGCCCGGCUUCUUCACGCAAGUCAUCGAUAACAUUAAGCAGGAGAUGGAGAAGAACAAGGAGAUGAAGGAAAAUUUGAAAAAGUUCCGCGAGGAAGCGCAGAAGCUCGAACAGUCGGACGCACUGAAGGCAGCCCGGCAAAAGUUCAACACGGUCGAAUCGGAAGCCUCCAAGAGUGGCGAGGUGCUGAAGGAAAAUCUGGACAAAAUACGCGGCCGCAUGACGGAAGCGCUGGACGAAGCGGCCAAAACGGAUCUGGCCCGGAAAGCCGGUCAGCUGGGCGAGGAACUAAGCAAGACGGCACGUGGUGUGGGUGAAACGUUGGCCGAAAAGGGACAGGUCAUUGGGCAGUCGGGAGCGUUUCGGGGGAUUAGUGAAACGGCCAAGGUGGUGCGGCAGGAGAUGGACAACCAGAGCAUCGAGGCACGGGUAUACCGGAGUCCGGGAAAGUUGCGCAAACGGGUAGAAGUGUCGAUGGCGACCGAUCCGUCCCGGGUGGUAGAACCGAACGCGGAUGCGACCGGUGUGGAGCUGCACAAGGACAGCAAAUUCUACCAGUCGUGGGAAGAUUUUAAGAACAACAAUCAGUACGUGAACAAGGUGCUCACGUGGAAGAUGAAGUACGACGAAUCGGAAAACCCAAUGAUCCGGGCGUCCCGGUUGCUGACGGACAAGGUGAGCGACAUUAUGGGCAAUAUGUUUUCGAAGACGGAACUGUCGGAAACGUUGACGGAGAUUUGCAAAAUUGAUCCGAGCUUUGAUCAGAAGCAGUUCCUGCGGGACUGCGAGAACGAUAUUAUACCGAACGUGCUGGAAUCGAUCGUGCGGGGUGAGCUGGAGAUACUGCGGGACUGGUGCUUCGAAAGCACGUACAACAUUAUCGCGACACCGAUCUCCCAGGCACAAAAGGCCGGCUAUAGGCUCGAUUCGAAGAUACUGGACAUUGAAAACGUUGACCUGGCGAUGGGCAAGGUGAUGGAGCAGGGCCCGGUACUGAUAGUCACCUUCCAGACGCAACAGAUUAUGUGCGUACGGGACGGCAAGGGUACGGUAAUCGAGGGUGAUCCGGAGAAGGUUAUGCGGUGCCAUCAUGUGUGGGUGCUGUGCCGCGAUCCGAACGAGCUGGAUCCGAAAGCUGCCUGGCGGUUAAUGGAGAUGUCGGCGAACAGUACGGAACAGUUUGUCUAGA